AUGUUUAUCAGUAUAAGGCGAUUAGUAGUACUAAUAGCCAUCACUCAACUAGUUGCUUCAUUUAAUGCUGUUCCAGUGUUAGUAGCAUCGCAUCGGUUGGCAAAAGGGUUGAAAGAAGAACUCAGCGGUAGCGGUCCACAGACACCUGAGAGGGCUACCAAUUUAAUUAAACGCUUGGUCACAGAAUGCAGUUCCGAUGAAUAUCUAGUAAUAAAUCAGCCAGGAUUAAUUUUGGAAGAUAUGACUGUGAAGGAGUCGGAAAAUUGGCCGUUUUUGAGACGAUACCUCACGAUGGCUUCCAGUGUAGUGGGAAUACCCUGGGUCAGAGGCACGUUGGAUUUGGAUUUUAUUGAGCAGUAUAUUAUCAGCACCUGUCAUGCAGAGUCUAUGAAUGUGGUUCAUGACGAUGACCAAGAGGUGGAGCAGUAUAUUGACACAAGAACCAGAGUCAUUAAGAUUGACCUUAGUGAGCUCCCACCAAGAGACGACUUGGAAUUGAGAUAUUCGGUGAUACGAGAACAUGACGAGCUUAUUAGGAAGAUUAUAAGAAAAUUGCCAUCUCCCCAUUAUACGAUUAUUCUUACGUCUAAUAUGCCGCAACACGUCCACCCAAUUCCAAAUACUGUGGUAGAAUCCCAACCUGAAAAGUACCAGAUAUUUCACGAUUUGGUUAAUGAGCCAUCGCGUGAACUAGAAAUCGAAAGAAACGAUAGGUUUCAUAAAACGGUCGAACCAUAUUGGUCCCCGGACAGAAAUACCGUUAAGAGAUACAUGGAAAAUAAAAAGAAGGAUGAAAUACAUUUUUUUGACUAUGACUUAUGGACAAGGAAUGAAAAAUUGAUAUUGACUAUAAUAGUCAUGUUGUUAACAUUAUUUACAUUUCAAUUAACGAAGUUUGUCAAGGUAUUGACUGAAACAGUUUUCAAAAGGGAUAAAGGAUUAAUUACGCAUACAAAGUCCGAUUAA